AUGCAUUGGCGGCACUCGGCACUUUGCGCCGCGCGCGGUCCCGGGCGCGCAACAGCUGACGGGAGGCGCAGGCCCCCCGCUCGCCCCGCACCUCCCUCUCCCUCCCCGCCCCUCACCCCGCGCUCCCCUCGCACCCGCGCGCGCAGCCGUGCGGCAGCGCAGCGCGCCAAGGUGAAUGCUCGGGCCAAGGACGGCCCGCCCGGAGGGGAGGGGACGUGCCGCGACCCUCUCCCCCCUCCCGUGUCCCCAGCCCCUUACCCGAGUAAAAACGCUCGAAACCUUCGAAGACGGUCGUUGCAACCCAGCAAAAAAAGGGCCCGACGGAACAAA